GUUAAUCGAGCCUUCACGCGCGCGUGGGAACGUUACCGGUUGUGCCGUGCGUGUUUUGACCUCCGUUUGAAACUGGUUCUCGCGACGAUGGCGAUCCGUGCGAUCCUUCUCGCGAGCCUCGCGAUCGUAGUCGUUCUGUCGGAACCGAUCGACUUCGCGCAGCCCCGCGUGACGGUGCUGAAGUGUUGCCGCGACAUGGAGGAGCUGGUCCGUGAAUCGGACGGCGAGCCGGAAACGUCGACCCGCUGCGAAGCCACUAAGAACCAGUGGAAACCGUUCAUCUACUCGCCGUCCCAGCAAAUGUUGCUGAACGCGCCACCGGCCGAAUGGGACAUCGUUCAGGGAAAGAAGCCGGAAUGUGGGGACAACUCGGAGCUGACCUACGUGCCCUACAGAAAGACCAAUCCGUUCGUGUUGCUCGACGACGGUCUGGCGAUGCUCGACGUACAUGCACGGGACAGAUUCGAACCGGGCGAUUAUUGUGCGGACUCGAACGCUCUGCUGAUCUGCGUGCCGAAGAGAAUGGAGGGAAACCACGCUGCCGCGACCAUGAGGCCACGAGUUCGGCAGUGCUGCGGCCAUAACGCUGUUUUCCACGACGAAAAGCACACAUGCGCGAUCCUGAAGGAGGCCGUGGACGACACGCCGUUGCUACCAAACGCAUCCUCCGCCGUCGAGAUCGUGCCCGGUUUUCCGAGCUGUCCACGUUUCGAUAAUUUCUCGAUCGUCGGUGACACUAAGGACGCGAUAUUGUUACCAGACGGCGGCAUGGAAAUCGGCGGUGUCACUUUACCAGCUGGCCAGUUCUGCGUCGAGAGGAUCAAGGAGCUAAAGGUGUCAAAGGUGUUCGCCUGCGCCGAACACGAUUCCCAAAGACCAAAGAUGCAGGCCGCCGACAUCCGGUUCACCUUGUACCCGGUGGGCUUCAUCAUUAGCGCGGUGUUCCUCGCGGCCACGUUGGCCGCUGGUUGGCUGUUGCCGGCUUCUCAUCACGUUCUGCACUGGCGGUGCCAGACCCAUCAUGUCGCCUGCCUGAUGCUAGGCGAUAUUCUCAUGGCAAUCAUUCAGCUGGCCGGUGUUUCCCUGCACGGCGGAAGCUGCAAGGUGCUCGCAAUCAUGGCGCACUUCUUCUUCCUGGCCGCGUUCUUCUGGCUGAACACGAUGUGCUUCAAUAUCUGGUGGACGUUCAGGGACCUGAGACCAGCCAGCUUGGAGAAGGGCCAAGAGACCCUCAGACUGCGAGUUUACGCCGGCUACGCUUGGGGUGGGCCUCUGUUGGUCGCCGGCGUGGCCGCUCUUCUGGAUCAUCUUCCGUCUCAACCUCAGUACACGUUCCUACGGCCACGAUUCGGCGAGAAGCACUGUUGGUUCUACGGUGACGUGGAGAUACUGGCGUACUUCUACGGACCGAUCGGCGUUCUACUCGCGGUGAAUCUUCUCUUCUUCGCGGCGACCGCCCGCGAGCUGACGUGCGGCCUGUGGAAAGGUGAAUUCGUGAAGAGCACCACGGAAAGAGCCGCCUUGGGCCGUGUCUGCAUGAAGCUGGUGGUCGUGAUGGGCGUGACCUGGGUCGCGGACGUUGUCUCGUGGGUAGUCGGUGGUCCGCAGUACAUCUGGUACUUCACGGACCUGAUAAACGCUUUUCAGGGUGUGCUGAUCUUCGUGGUGGUUGGCUGCCAACCGCAAGUUCGAGCCGCGCUGAAGAGACUCUGCAACAGGAACCCUAGGACCAACGCCGGAAGGCAGGGAAACGGACUGAGCACAACCAGCCACGGUAUGCCCAGCAUGGGCGACAGCGUCACCCAGAAUCCAAGCACGAAGACCGCCCCGUUGGAAACCAUCUGCUAAGAGGAUCAUCCAAUAUUCCUAGCGCGAUUCCAGCUGGACAGAGCUUUCUGAUCGCGCGCGAGAAAGUUCUUUAUUUCUCUUCCGUGGAACGACUCUGUUCUCCAGCAUCGAUCGACAAAGAUCAACGGAAUCCAGAACGUCACAGAUCCACGAAGAAAAAAUCUGUUCGAAAGGGAUCAUCGAUCUACCGAUCCCACAAUAUGAUGGGGCAUUCUUCGAGCCAGACAAGUCUUCUUCGGUCCCGUUUAAUUCGGCGAUCGGAAGUACACAGUAUACGAUAUAAACAUUGUUACCGUAACAGCGUAGAGAACACGUAGACGUGUUAGGAUCGCGACGACAUGUCGAGGGAACAGUAUUUCUCGGUUUCUAAAGACUGUCGUUCGUGCCCCUCGCGAGCAAAAACAAAUACACACGAUUUUACCAGUUCGAUCCUCAACGGGGAGACUGCGCGAUCGUUCCAGCCCGAGUAGAAUGGCGCUAAGAAGGUCGACGGCCUCGAGACCGUGAACUUGAACGUAUUUCAAGGCCGCGGAGUCUCCAGCGUACCGGAUUACUCCUACCGCGACGCGACUAACGACAGGCAUCACCGCCACUCCGAUCAGUCCCCGAUGUAGGCCUCCAAUCCGUUGAAUGUUCCCUUCUUUCGUCGCCGGGGUCGUCGACCUUGAAGUCCACGCGAAGAAUGUGUUGUCGCGCGGCGAGAGACUCGCAGACGGCCGGCAUCCUCUCCUCGUCCCCGUGGACCAACAGCCGCGAGGAAGACGACUCGACGGUGGAACAGAACCCGCUUCGAGGCCCUGUCACUUUGAAUAGUUCAUUGUCUCGGUAGACACACAAUGGCGACCGGAGAAAACAACGCGAAGCGACAAAUAUUCAUAGAGACAACCCGGUCUCUUCCCUACCCUCCGUCGUGGUUGCGACUUCUCUCCAGGGAAGAGGAGUCCUUCUCCAUUCGAAACCAUGUGUAAUUCGCGUUACUAUCCCAAGACAGACGACUGGUGCGUUGUAAAAUACUCCUGGAUCAUUGGCCGUCGAUGAUCCCAUCCCAAUUGCAUUUGUUUUUUUGUUUUUCUUUUUUUUCUUUCACCGAAACGGUAUUAACCCGAAUGAGCACGCGUCGCAACCGGCCCGAGUCGAUCGGUUUUAUUUAUAAACGAGAGAAGCUAACGAGAACGACGCGUGCCCCGAUACCACCACGAGACGCCACUUUGUUCGAAUGUUAUUAAUAAACGGCGCCAGGCGAGGUCGUGCCUGAUUGAACUGGGCGAAGAGGGUGGGGGGUCUGUACACUUUUUCUUUUCUCCCGAGGCGUCGGUAUAACGAUGAUCGACGAUAUCAACGUCGAGCAACGAUCCCGAGUACCGAUCUCGUCUUUUUUCCUCUUCUGUUUUUACCCAACGACUCGGCCCCAUCCGUGCCGCCGUGGCUCGUUUAACGCUAGAACGAUUUCGAGGAUAUAAUCGGCUUUUAGCGACCCGUGGGAGGGGAUCCAUUAAAUUCUUCUUGGGGGCAGGAGAAAAUAGAACGACCUUGACCCACGUUUACGAUGAAACGAGGAUGGGUAAUUCCCGCGGUUUCUUCUUUUGCUCCCACCACCACCCUCCCCCAUUCCCCUCUCGAUUUCAUUAUUCAUCG